ACAGUAGGCGGUUCUGGUCCCGUAACGCUUGCCUGUGCCCGAAGUGUGGGGAUUACUGUGCAUUGCAGUGCUAUUGGUGUGCCGUGCCCUAAUAGGGAUGUUGUGUGGUGCGGGAUUUACUGUGUGGUAGCGUGGGUUAACACACGCUUAAAAAGGGGUGGUGUGCUACGGGGAGAAAGCGGGACCGAACUCUUUGUGAAUCCAGAUCCGACCCAAUGGGUCGCUGCAUGAAUUGUACUGAAUAAAAGUAUCUUUGUACUUUUAGCUGCAGUCUGGUGGUGAUCUGUUCUCCUUUCACAGCCUCUGACGCUAGUUUAGGUUAGUUGCACUGGUGGCAGCGGUAGGAUCAUUUUCCUUUGUGGUUUUCCCGUUUAGAAAUCUAGAAUUAGCUUUAACAUGUCGGAGGCCGAGGAUAGUGUACAAUCUCCUAAUUAUGAGGGCGCUGAUUGUCCUGUUACGUCUAGAGAGUGUUUUCUCAAUCUCCCGGUGGCCCCCCUGCUCACCCAAUAUUUAUACCGGAAACUUUUAAUGGUGUGGGGCGUGAGUGGUCUGACUGGUCGGAACAAUUUGAUCUGGCGGCUGAGGUAAACAGGUGAGAUGAUUCUCUGAAAAUUAAGUUUAUGUCUUUGCUAUUGUGUGGCCGUGCUAGGGAGAUGCUAACUACAUCAAAAACCAAAUGAAUUAAAAAACGCGGAAAAUAAUGUUGAAAUGAAAAUAUAUUUUUUGACAGCGAUCGACGACCUGUAAUAUUUUUGACGAUGUCGCUGCUAUAUCGCUAUUUGUAAAAAAAAGGAAAAAAAUAGUUACUGGAAAAGCUACAGCGUUUUAAAAGUAUUUGCUCUACCGAUAAGCUACUGAAAGAAGUAAAGUUAGUAGCGUCGAUUAUUUUAGUUAGCUACUCCACAACACUGGACAUAAAAAUAACUGAACAAUGUUAACAUUUUCGUAAUUUAAGCCCUCUCAACAGAAGCACUUUAAUGAGAAUAUUUGAAAAAUUAACUGAUAACAUAUCAGUUAUCUAUAUUUUUUUAAUUUACUUUGAAAACAGACUCAAAUUAAGCCUAUACGAAAAAUUCAGAAGCCUAUACAGUCUCAAAUGAAGCCUGUUGCGUUUUUAUACAAUCGGUCUGGGAUUCCGCUUAACGUCACGCCCGAAGCUCACACUUUGAUUGCAAACGGGAAGAAACAUAACUAUUGUCACGUACACCGGCGGAUGUCAUCAAUUAAGCCUGCAUACUGGAGACUACAACGGGACAGCACACGCAACGGGGGUUGCGAACCGUAGCGGUCUGCAGGGGGAAUCGCAGAAGCUGGAGUUUCUUAGAGCGCUGCAUGGGUUUGGACAAACAUUAGGGAGAAGCAAACACAAACGAUUCGUGAGUGCAUCGUACGUGUUGUAAGAGCAAGUGAAGCUGAAAGACAUUGACAGUGAAGUGAUGGCUCCCUCUAUUAAUCUCUUCACCUUCCUCGUCCUGUCCCUGGUGGGGGGCAGCUCUUCAUGGGACGAAGCUUCGCCUUGCGGAUCCGGCUCCAUCCUGACAAGGCCCUACACGGCCUUGUGUGAGCUGGAUGCGGUGUGGGGCUUGGUGGUGGUGGUGGCGGCAGCGGCGGCGGCCCUCGCCUCGCUGAUCCUGCUCCUGGUGGUACUGUGUCGCCUGCGGAAGAUCACAGAGGCUGAGGAGCGCAGCGGGGUGGCGCCGCUACUCCUGCUGUUCGCUGCCAUAUUUGGGCUCUGUGGCCUCAGCCUGGGAUACAUCGCUGAGCAGCAAGAGAGCCUCUGCUUCGCCCGGCGUGUCCUGAGGGGGGUGUUGCUUGCUGUCUGCAACACCUGCCUCGUGUUUCAUGGUCUGCGACUGCGCCGGUUGGGACAAGGUGCUCAUAGCCCCAGCACAGGUCAACUGAUGGGGCUGGCGGUGGCCUUGGCCGUGUUGGAUCCGGAGUGGAUCCUUCUAGCCACGAUGUCCAUGUGCCAGCCAGCCUGUGAAUACCAGCCGCUGGACUUUGCGCUGGCCACCACUUAUGUGCUGGUCCUGCUCCUGGCAGCACUGGUGGGGGCCGCCUGCAGUCUGUGGAGGCAGCAGCCACGGUGGAGGUGCAGGACCACGUGGCUGCUCAUCACCUGCCUGGCCUCAGUCCUGCUGUGGGUGGCCUGGAUCACCUUCUGCCUGUAUGGCAACGCGGCGCUUGGCCUGUCCCCAACAUGGGACAACCGGGUACAGGCAGUGGUGCUGCUGGCACAGGCAUGGCUGCUCAUACUGCUGCACGCUGCUCCUGAGGUCCACGCCACCUUACGGCCCCCGUCCCGCAUGAGAGAGGCCAAUUUAGAGGAGGGCCUUUCUCACCUGUAGUUUGGAGCAAACCGGGACUUCGUGUUCAGUGACAACAACUCAGGUGUCCUCCCCAGCCCCCAGGAAACAUUACAUUUUAAAUAAAUAAUAUAUAUAUAU